GGUGUCUUUUCCAGCACUGGCGGUAUCUUUUCGUCAUGCAGCAGUUCCCGGCGCUCGAAGCGCUGCGCACCUCGGUACACGCGCUACUGCGUCAAGUCGACGCCCACGAGAGCGACAACAACAACUGCAGCAGCCAUGCGCCGGACGCCUGCGCCGGCGACGUCUGCGCGGCCAUCGAAGCGUGCUUGCACCAUGGCCUCAAGCGCGUGUCGGCCACCGAGACGGUCUCGCUCUGGGGGCUCGUCCAGUGGACCAACGUCGCCCAGCAAAAGCGGCACCGUGCGUGGCUUGCCGCCCACGCCAAGUUGCCGACUGUGGUGGCAGACGACGACUGGUACAACGACAUGUUCAAAGACGAGCUCCAAGGCAUCACAUCACUGGCCGAUGAUAACCAGCGGCUUGAGCCCAGCGUGUCCGAAAGCCCAAUGACACCGGGCUUGAACGCGUCGAUCCGCACCGCGAACUCGCUCUUGCAUGUGACGACACCGAUCGGGCGUGUGCGCGCCUGGAUCCGCCAGUGCUGCAACACGCAUAUCCUCAGCGCGUGUUUGGCAGGGCUCAUGCAUCCGCUCAACCAGGCGACGCUGCAGACGUACUUUGAGCCAUCUGCGCUCUGCCUCAACGAAGACGCACGCGAGAUCUUUGUCGGGCUCACAUCGACAUUAGAUCGACUCACGUUUGGCUUUGCGCUGGAUAAUGGACCGACCGAGGAAACCAAGGUGCUACCACCGUCGGUGCCUUCGGUCGCAGCGCCUACCAACCACAACGUCUUGCAAGUCCUCGACACCAAGGCGCAACGACUGCACGAGCUGCUACGGCAUACGCUGCCUUCGAUCUUGAGUCCCCGCGCGCUGGACGAAGUCGGCCCCGCCAACGAGACACCCAAACUCUUUGGUGUUCCUCUUGCGUCGCUGCUCCUGGACGCCCGGACAUGUGCCAUCGCACCGGUGGACCCGCUCCUUGGUGUGCCGAAUCUCUUUGAAGGCUGUUGCCGCUUGAUUGACGCGGCCACGGCCGUCGGCACCCCGGGGCUGUUUGCCGCCAAGAUCAACGCCUCGCGCUUUGCGCAGCUCACGCAGCAGGUCCAAGCGGUGGGCUGCUUGAGUAUUUGGAGCAGCGUGCACCACGGUAUCAUCCUCCUCAUCAAGUUUUUGAGGGACUUGCCCGACCCGAUCAUUCCCGCGUCGCUCUACGGCCGGUUCCGUCGCAUUCACGACUUGAAAGGGCGGCAUGUGCAGGUCCUCGCCCUCACACAGCUUGUCGGCGAGUUGCACUGGAGCGUCAAACCGCUUCUAUACCGGCUCUGCGCGACGAUCAGCCGCGUCUUGAAGCUCUCAAACGACACGAGCGUCGACCGCCUCGCCGACGUCUUUGUCCGCGUCUUAUUCCCGCGGUCCGCACCGGCUGCCGACGAGGCUUCGCUAACCCAGCUUGUCGCUCUCCUCUUUCUCAACGCCGACGCCAUUUUGGCCGAGAUACGCGGCGCGCUCUCCGACCGCUGCCAUUACGUCAUGGCCAAGCUCGAGCGUGUCGCAGCUAUCCCGCGGGAGCGACGACUCGAGGUUCCGACUACAUCGCUAGCAUGGACGCAGUUUCGAGAGGCGUACGGUCUCGCAUGCGAGAGCGACGACACGCUGCGUGCGUCACUCCGUGGCGGCGGCCGCCUCGUGCUCCAGUGCAUGCUGCACUUUCUGGCCGAGCACCAGGAAAUUGCGCAGCAGAUCAUUGCGCAGCGGGCGUCGUGUGACGUCGACGCCAAGCACUACCCCGUGCGCAGUGCUAGCGUCUACCUUGUACGGAUGUUGGUCGAGCUCUUGGGCUUCGACCGGACACCGAGUGCGACCGACGUCGUGGACCUGGACACGAGAGCGUGGCUUGCGCGCUGCGACGGCGUCUGCGACGAACCGUUGAUGCCGCUACCGACACACGCCGGUGUCGCGCUUGUCACGCGCGGUCUCUGGCCGCUGUUUGACGACGCCAAGGCGUUCGAGCGGCUGUUUGGCAUGAGUCUGCUGCUCUUUGAUCGCAACUGGACACGGUCGGGCGCAACGUGCAUGGACUUUAGCACGAUCUUGACCGAAACGCAGUGUCAGAUGCAAUCGCUCUUACGCGACGAGCCAGAGACGAUCUCGGACCUCUGGCAGCGCUGGUCCGACCGCAUCUCACAGCAGUAUCUGCAGCCCGCUACCCAAGCCCCCCGGGCCCUCGCGCACAUGCGGUCGUACGUUGUGGUGUGGGAAGGCGGCCUCACGGUGCGCGCAGCGCCUACCACCAAGUGCGAAGCGCUGGGCACUCGACGCAAGGGGGACCGCAUCGAGACAGUGCUGAAGGCAGGCGAUUGGCUCAAGAUUCGUGAUGCCCCGGGUGUGCAGGACGCUGGGUGGGUGCGCCGGCGAACAGCCACCGCUACGCUGCUCGAGCUCGUUGCGUAGCGUACACCGGGUCACACGACAGUAGAUUCUAGUUGUAAAUGGAAUAUUUGGUAUGGCACAGUCUAUGAGAAAC